UAUUCAUCAAUACUGAAUUAAUAUAUUAUAUAAGGAGCCGUAAAAGUAAUUUUUCGAUUUUUUCAUCGAUCUUUUUAUUAGUAAAAAUGUUUUUAAUAAGUAUUUAUGGGCUUUUUAGCUAUUUUGUUAUAAUUUUUGGAGCUGAGAUUUGUGAAGAAUUUUGUAAUGAAGCUUUUUUGUCUUCAAACCAGGAAGAAGAGUUGGAUGCUUGUUUUAGAGGAUGUCGUUAUUUUACCAUUAAUGAUUUAUUAGCUUCAAGGUUAACUUUGGACUCACAGUCUGUUUGUAAACAAGAUUGUGAAGAGGCUUACCCAGAAAUUAACAAACAAUCAGCAUGCAAAGUUGGAUGCACAUCACAAUAUAACUAUUCUGUUAAUCAAUACCAAGAAGAAUCUGAUCUUGAUAUGCAUUUAAUGCAAUGGCAUGUACAAAUUUUUCAACCAAUGAUGUUAUUCAGAAAAUUUUACUUUAAUCCCUCUGUGGACAAAUCAUCAAAAGACGAAAGCAAUGAUGAUACUAAAAGUUAUACCAUAGUUUUACAGUUAUCAGACAACUUUGUUGAACCAGGCGAUAUUACUAAUGAAGUAGAGAUAAAUAAAAAUGUAUUAAAGGAUGACAAGCCAUCAGUAAAAAAAUAUACAACUAAUUUGUAUAAGCAUGGAAGAAACUGGCUUUAUUGUGUAGAAAAGAAUACAGGUGUCUCAAGAUGGGUUUUAUUGUGUUUAUUUGUGUCAGCAGCUGCGACAUCUGCUUGGAUGUGUUUGCAAAUUUGCAAAUCAGAAGACAAUGAAAAUUGCAAGAAACAUACAUUUAAUGACGAGUUUGUACCUUAUGAUGAUAACCACCGACUAUUCUUUAUUUCAAAAUCAGACGAAGCUGGUCCGUUACCAGAAAAAGUUCCUAUGUUGGCGUAGCUCUCAUCGAUUUCAGUAAAAAACAUUUAAGUUUUUGGGAGUUUUUACCUAUAUUUAAAAUUUCGACUGUUUCAACUGUAUAUAGUUUUUAUUAUACUCAUUUAUUUGCAUCUUGAAUUUCUUUGUACAUAUUAUUUUUAGGUGCUUUUAGAUCUAACAACUGUUAGGUGCUUUGAAUUAAUAUCUAUACAACGUUGAUAUUUUUUGAAUAAUGUCGCAAAAAUUAAAACUCCUUUUAUGUAUUUUAUGGCAUUCGUGAGAAUUUUUCUAAUUUUCACGCUAAUAUUUUUAGCAUUAUAUCUUUUUGUAUUUUUUUUUUUUUUAAGUAGAUAUUCUUAUUGUUGGGAUAUUGUUUUUUCGAGUUAUGUACUUAAUAAAAUAAUAUUUUACUGCAUUUCACUUGA